AUGGCCAAAGCAACGUCGUCCAACUCGGACGUCCUCCUCUACUUUCUCAGCAUCUUUGUCCCUCCGGCCCCCGUUGGCAUCAAGAAGGGGUGCGGCGCCGACAUCCUGAUCAACAUCUGCCUCUGCUUCCUCGGGUGGCUGCCUGCGGUCAUCCAUGCCCUCUGGAUCGUGAGCAAGAACCCUGACAUGCCUGUGCAACGCUACUGA